CCGUCCGGUUGCGGGGAAACGGAAGCGGAAGUGCCGCCAUCUCCUCGUACAAUCAGAGCAACAGCAGGGUCACUUCAGACGUUAUUUACGACAGUAGCGCUGUUAUAUUAGUAUAAGCGGCUGUAUGACACGUUAUAUGUUUAAAUGACGAGCACGACUCGAAGGGCGAUAGCUGUGAAGGAAAACCGCGCUGAGCGUCACUCUGACACGCACUCAGGCGCGUCUCUUUAUGAGUUGAGUUAGCAUAGCGCGACGCUUGAGUCUGUUAAAUGAGUUUUUUUAGUUUAGCGUCGUGACAGAGGCAACAGCGCGUCCCUUUACCCCCGUCUCCACUGAUAAUAACCCGCUUUCUGCUGCUCGGCUGGAUGUCUGGUCGUGUUUGAGAGGAAGAACAGAAGCUCAGCGUUAUUUCACCCCACAUCUGUGCUUCUGGGCCCUCAUGUGGCCGCCGUGUGGAGGUUUGGAACAGUGGACAGGCUAAACAGUGAGAGACCCCGACCUGAGUGCACACACACAGAGAGAUCGCGAGGGGGGGAGAGAGAACGACACUCCCAGAUUUUGCAGAACCUGAUAGCCAGCCUGUUGCCAUGUCGACAUCAUCGCUGCGGCGACAAGUGAAGAACAUUGUUCACAAUUACUCAGAGGCAGAGAUAAAGGUUAGGGAAGCAACCUCUAAUGACCCAUGGGGUCCCUCUAGCUCUCUGAUGUCAGAGAUUGCUGACCUGACAUACAAUGUAGUGGCCUUCUCAGAGAUUAUGAGCAUGGUCUGGAAGAGACUCAACGACCAUGGGAAGAACUGGAGACAUGUAUAUAAAGCUAUGACUCUGAUGGAGUAUCUGAUAAAGACAGGUUCAGAAAGAGUGGCACAGCAAUGCAGGGAAAACAUCUACGCCGUUCAGACUCUCAAAGAUUUCCAGUACAUUGACAGAGAUGGCAAGGACCAGGGUGUGAAUGUACGGGAAAAGGCCAAGCAGCUGGUGACUUUGCUAAAAGACGAGGAGAGGCUACGAGAGGAGAGGAUACAUGCUCUCAAGACCAAAGAGAAGAUGGCACAGACUAGCAGUGCAUCUUCGGCCCCUUCUGCUCCUGCUUUAGGGGGAGGACUGCCCUCGGGAGCAGACGCUGAGCAGGCGUGGCCCCAGAGCACUGGAGAGGAGGACCUGCAGCUCCAGCUGGCACUGGCCAUGAGCAAGGAAGAGGCGGAACAGACUAGCAAUGACCCUCUGGAAGAUGCAGAUCUCCGCUACGCACUCACAGUCAGCCAGGAGACUCACCAAAAGGUCAGGGAGCAAAAAUUCAUCCAGGUUACAGUGGAUGAACUCUUCCUUUGCUAUCCUCUUCCCUUGCAAAUCACAGAUCAGCCUGAAAGUAAUAUGCUUCAGAAUGAUCAUGGAACAAUUGAAGUGUCUAAGAAAUACCUAGAGGAGCGUCUGCGCAGGGGAGACGACCUGAGGCUGCAGAUGGCCAUCGAGGAGAGUAAGAGGGAGAAAGCCAAGCCCGAGGAGUCGUCUCUGAUGGAGUUGAGUGCCGUAGAUCCAUGGGGGGGCCCUGCAACGGGCUCUGCCGGACCCUCUCCACCUCCCGUUUUGGCUCCUGCGUCUACCGCUGGGCCAUGGGGUCCUGCCGACCCAUGGGGAGCUGCUUCCCCGGCCUCUCCCCCAAGUGCCGACCCCUGGGGAGGAGCACCAGCAACAGUAGCCCCGGAUCCAUGGGGUGACUCGUCCUCUAGAGUGAACUCUGACCCCUGGGCGUCCACAGCCGUGACCCCUCCAAGUGCCGACCCUUGGGCUGCCUCAGUGGCUCCGGCCCCUACCCCGCUCUCAGGGUCAGCCGAUCCCUGGGCAGCGGAAGGAGCCGCCCCUGCCACUGACGGUCUGACCUCUGACCCCUGGAGUGGCUCAGUUAAACAAACUAACGGCACAGCUGAUCUAGAGAGAAGAGGCUCCUCAGUGACAGGAGGUGAUGCUGGAGGUGGAGGCAGCACAGGCUCUCCAGUGCCCUUUGACCUUUCAUCGCUCAGUUCCUCCUUGCCUGUUCGAAAAACGCCAGAAUCAUUCUUGGGUCCCAAUGCUGCACUCGUGGAUUUGGACUCACUAGUAUCAUCAAAACCCAAACCUAAACAACCACCACCGCCAACCAUCUCCUCCACAUCUCACAACCCCUUCCUACAGACACAGGGUGCCUCCUCAACAGGUAUGGGAGUUACCCCAGGCAGUACCAUUUCCAGUAGAGGGGUGUCUCCGACGCCACCUUCUGCUUCUAAUCCUUUUGGCGUGACUCCGAUGGCAUCCAUCUCCCCUCAACCUUCUUCACUCGGUCUGAGCCAGCUCCGUACAAGCCCCAUUCCCCAGAAUCCUAUGCUGUGUCACAUGCCUCCACCAGCAAUGGGAAUGGUUCAGCCGGGGAUUGGCAUGCCAGGAAUGGGGGUCCCUAUGGUGGCCCCUGGUAUGGGCAUGGGAAUGGUACAGUCCAGCCCAAUGGGCAUGCCUUUUGGUGGAAUAUCCCCCAUGGGUCCCGCAGGAAAUCCCUUGCUGAUGGGCCCUGGUGGCCCUGCACAACCUGCACUGAUUUUGGGCGGGCCGUCAGGGGUGGGCGGAGUGAUGGGAACUGGAGGAUCUAUGGGAGGUGGAACAACAGGCACAAGCACCAAUCCUUUCCUUCUUUGAGGGAUUUCACCAAUCCCAUGUGCCCUGUCAACUAAAUCCAACCAAUCCAAACCUGCCCUACCAACACAGUUUGUGUUUGACAAAAAAGAAAUGUGUACAUCUCUAUAUUUAAUGAAAAAGUAAAAACAAAAAUGUUAUUUUCUUUCACAAAACAGCAUUUCAAAAAUUGUUUUUGUUUUCAUUUUAUUUUAGAGUAUUUGAAAUCUAUUUAUUUCCCUGUUAGUUCAGUUUUUUUCUUUGACAGACAUGGAUGAUUGGUGGGUUCAUUCAAUGAAUGCAGGCUGUUAAUAUUGUUAUAUUAUUAGGAUGAUUGUUAUUGUUCAGAAACAUGAAGAUAAGGGAGGAGGAAAACAAGCCACUAAUGAACUCAAUCAUAUACCCCUUUCUCCCCCUUUCAUUGAGCCGAUGACCCUCUGAUGAAAGAGUGUAUGAAGGAUGAAUGUGACAGGCUCACCCUGAACUGAGAAGAAUUCAGCUGUCUGUUUUAUUCACAACUCUAGUAAAAAAAAAAAUCAUUCGAUAGAUUUAUUACUUUUAAUUUAAUGUGUAAUCUUGUGUAAUUUAUUUUAAUCGUAUGUCUCUGAGUCCUGGGAUCGAUUAAACCAAGGAAAAUCGCACUGGAAAUUGCCAUUGAAACAGAUGCCUGCUUGGUCUCCUUCGACCACCUGCGAAAUUUCAGUCCACGUCAAGUGGUACACAUGAAGAGAUGCUGUGUGUGUGUGUGUGUGAGUGAGUGAGUGAGUGAGUGAGUGAGUGAGUGAGUGAGUGAGAGAGAGAGCUUGUAUGAUGUGUCCAUUGUUUUCACUCGGUCCUCUGCUGUGCUUCUGAUGGGGUUUUAUCAGGAUAGUCUCAUUUUCAGCACUCUGAAGUUGUUAUAAAGGUCCUUCUUUUCACACAUUUAUUUUUGCAGUUGUAAGAAUCAAAGCAUUAAUACGACACCUGUUCACGUGAUAAUCAGCCUGUCUUUGCAUUUCACAUUUUUUCCUUGAACAUUUACACAGAAUGGGAAAGUGUUAACGCUUCUGAAACUGAAAAAAAAAAAAUUACCUGAAUGAUUAUGCGGAAUCAUAAAAUUGGGGACUGAAUGACAUGAUCCAUGCUGUUAUUCUUUAUUUACUUUCAAUGAAUUAUUUUAUAUAUAUAUAUGAACAUUUUAGAGAUAUGUCUCUAAUAUUGGCGAUGGUCAAAAAUCGUGUGGUGUUGACUGUGAACAUUCACAUUUAAAAAUAAAAUGGAGGGGAAAAAAAAUCAAAGAAAUUUAAGAAAUAAAAAAAAAAUGCACAAAAAAA